AUGGCAGACGUCUUCCAAAUAAAUGAACGCACGAUUCUAAUCGGUGUUUUCACAUUGAACGGAAAUGCACCCUCCAUUUCAAGUAGUACGAAGUCGUACUGGGAGCAGGCCCUCGGCAGUGACGAAUGGAUAAUUGACCCGCCAUCAGAGGAGGAGCGAGCCGGCAGUCAACAACGUCAUCCCUGCUUUGACUGGUAUGGUCAUGAUAAUGUGAAUGCUCAACAACCCACGUGGUGGACUACUGUUCGACAGCAGUUGGAUCGCCUUCAGCUGGCCGUCUACGAAGCCCCCAAAGGAUGGCAACGCGACGGGGUGCUGCACGUCCCCAAGUGGACCAGCUUCCGCUUCGCAGUAGACGAGUAUCUGGAGAACGACCCGCGACUGAGGUUCCACCCCAACCGCGUUCGGGAGUUCAUCGACGAGAGGGGACUGGAGCACUUGGAGGAGAUGCAGUAA